GUGGUACAGUUGCCAGUUUGUCUAGUGCUAUACUGUGUACUACAUGCUACGUGAACCGUUCAGAUUUAUCGGAGCUGUAUUGAAUGAAAGUUGUCUGCCUCGUCUUACGAUCGUACGGUUCAUGUGUGCAGUGUUUUAGUUGCUAAUUAAUACUGUUAUAUACAUAGUGAUAAUAAAUACAUAUUUACUUAUAAAUUAACAAAAACAUCAAUGAAAUUUAGUUCGAAUUGGCAAUGAGUGAAAAAAGCGAAGAAAACUCGGACAUCAUUCAAAAGUCAAUAGGAGUAUUUGGACGAUGGCACAUAACAGUCUGUUUUAUCAUAUUUUUGGUCAAGUUUCCCGUCGCCUGGCACCAGCUAAGUAUAGUUUUCUUAGCCCCGCCAGCGGAUUUUUCUUGUAUAGAAAACGGAACAGAUCAGUGUUCGGCGGAUUGUACGAAGCAUAUUUUUGACAGAUCGAUUUUUACUGAAACCAUAAUCACUCAGUGGGAUCUAGUAUGCAGCCGAACGUAUUUAGCAAGUUUUGCCCAGACCGUCACCAUGCUUGGCAUUCUUUUUGGAAGCAUGCUUUUUGGAUAUUUUUCAGACAGAUACGGUCGAAGAGAUCCAUUGAUAGCUGCAGUGAUAUUACAAGUACUCUCUGGAACCGGCGCCGCUCUAUCUCCUUGGUUCUUUAUGUUUCUCGUCAUGAGAUUUUUAGCCGCUUUGGCGACAGGAGGAACCAUGGUUAUUAGUUUUGUACUGAUAAUGGAAAUAGUAGGUCUUGAAUGGCGUACAACUAUUGGAAUUAUUUAUCAAAUUCCCUUCAAUAUUGGUCAUUUAUUGUUGCCACUUUUUUCAUAUUUCCUUCGAGAUUGGAGGUAUUUUCAAUUGGCGAUAUCUCUACCAUCUGUUGUUUUGAUAUCGUACUAUUGGAUUUUGCCGGAAUCUCCAAGAUGGCUACUCACAGUUGGCAAAAAAGAAAAAGCCAUCAAGUUACUGGAAAAGGCCGCUCACCGCAACAAACUUCCUACUGAAAGUAUCAAAGAAGAUGUCUAUAACUACAUGCAAAAAAACGAAAUCAGUGAAGAAAAACAAGGUGGUAAUAUCAUGGAUUUAGUACGGACACCUACAAUGAGAAUGUAUACCAUGUGCAUUGGUUUCAAUUGGUUUGUAUGUGGCCUUUGUUUUUUCGGAAGUGCUCAAUACAUUGGACAAUUGGGCGGAAAUAUUUUUGUAAACGUUGCCUUAUCUGCCGUCAUACAAAUUCCCAGUACUUGUUUUUCGGUAUGGGCAGUAAAGGCGUGGGGACGAAGGCUAACUUUAAUUAUUAGCAACACAACAGCUGGUGUUUCCUGUAUUCUUAUAGCACUAGUACCAGAACACCUGGGCUGGCUAAGGACUACUCUGAGCUGCGUGGAUAUGUGUGGUUUAGCGGUAGCUUUUUCAGCAGUGUAUAUUUUUUCUGGAGAACUAUUUCCAACAGUUGUUAGAAACGUAGGAGUAGGAACCUCAUCGAUGUGUGCUAGAAUUGGUUCUAUGGCUGCACCCUUCAUUGCAGGCCUCGUUUUAGUGCAGUCUUGGUUACCUCCCGUCAUUUUUGGUGUUGUUCCUCUUAUUGGUGCUAUUCUUUGCUUAAAGUUGCCGGAGACUCUUGACUGUAAACUUCCUGAUACCGUUGAAGAAGCGGAAGAAUUUGCGAAAAAUCGGACAAUAACAACGAAUGACACGGAAAUGAGAUCUCAGACGUAAUUAGUUGCAGUACUGUGUCAACAUAAAUAAAAAACAACACCUCAAUAAGUAUCUGUACCUUAAUUACCUUGUCAUUACAAACAAAAAAAUUGUAAGGAGGUAGAUAGGUCAUGGAAGUAUAAGACGGUUAAAUAAUACUAAUAACUUUCAAACAAACAUGUUUUGUAUUCACUACUUGUAAUGUACACACCUUCUUCUUAAAUUUUAAAUGGCUGUGACAUCACAACUAUGAGACAGGUAAUGGUACUGGUAAUCUUAUACUUGUUCUAGUUUUAAAUAUAACGAAUUUAGCACAGUUUCAAAUGUUUUCAGGUAUAACAUCAAAAUAUGUCAAAAAUGUGUUUAGUUUUCCAGCAAAACAUAAAUGGAGGGACCUAAUUAACAAUUGUUGCAAUAAAGUUAUCUAAAGGGAUAUUGUAAAAAAUAAUAUAUGUAUACUACAAAUUUUAUUUAUUAUGUUUUAUGCAGUUAUGACUGAAAUAAAAAAACGU